AUGUCCAUUGAUUUCCCGGCUGAGGAAGAGAUCACCCUCAAGAGGUGGAGGGAGAUCAACGCCUUCGGGAGGCAAGUCGAGCUAUCCCGUGGUCGCAAGCCCUACACUUUCUACGAUGGCCCUCCAUUCGCGACGGGCCUUCCUCACUAUGGUCAUUUGCUCGCCUCGACUAUCAAGGAUAUUAUCCCUCGAUACUGGUCGAUGAAGGGUCACUAUGUCGAGAGACGGUUCGGUUGGGAUACACACGGUGUCCCCAUUGAGUACGAAAUCGACAAGAAACUCGGCAUGUCAGGCUUGGAGGCCGUUGAAAAACUCGGCAUUGAAAAGUACAAUGAGGAGUGCAGAGCUAUUGUCAUGAGAUUCGCGUCUGAAUGGCGCGAGACCAUUGAGAGACUCGGCCGCUGGAUUGACUUUGACAACGACUACAAGACCAUGAAUGCCAGUUUCAUGGAAUCGGUAUGGUGGGUUUUCAAGCAGUUGUUUGACAAAGGACUCGUCUACCGUGGGUACCGUGUCAUGCCUUACUCGACCGCACUCAAUACCCCCUUGAGUAACUUCGAAGCGCAACAAAACUACAAAGAUGUGCAGGACCCUGCAGUAGUUGUUUCAUUUCCUCUGGUAGAUGACCCGGAGACCUGUCUUCUCGCAUGGACGACCACGCCCUGGACCCUGCCUUCUAACGUCGCCCUCGCCGUCAACCCUGGUUUCGAGUACAUUAAGAUUUUCGAUGAAGCCUCUAAGAAGCACUACAUCCUUCUCGAAUCCCUCCUUCGCACGCUCUAUAAGGACCCAAAGAAGGCCAAGUUUAAGAUUGUGGAUCGUUUCAAGGGUGUGGACAUGAAGAACUGGAAAUACCGGCCACUCUUCGAUUAUUUCUACGAGGAGUUCAAGGAGUACGGUUUCCGUGUGCUAAGUGGAGAGUACGUCUCCGCUGAGGAUGGUACCGGUAUCGUCCAUCAGUCGCCGGCCUUUGGUGAGGAGGAUUACAACGUUGCUAUGGAAAGUGGUGUUAUCAGCGAAACACGUCUGCCGCCCAAUCCUGUCGAUGAGACGGGCUGCUUCACCGCAGAAGUUCGUGAUUUUGUUGGUCAGCAUGUCAAGGCUGCCGAUAAGGCCAUCAUCAAGCAUCUCAAAGGCAUCGGCCGUCUGAUCGUCGACAGCCAGAUUACUCACAGCUAUCCCUUCUGCUGGCGUUCUGAUACUCCUCUUAUCUACCGCGCUGUGCCCUCGUGGUUUGUCAAGAUCGGCCCCAUCAUUCCCCAAAUGCUUCAGGGUAUUGAGGACUCGCACUGGGUGCCUUCUUUUGUCAAAGAGAGGCGUUUCGCCAGCUGGAUUCAGAAUGCUCGGGAUUGGAACAUUUCAAGAAACCGCUUCUGGGGAACACCGCUUCCAUUGUGGGUCAGCGACGACUUCAAGGAAGUUGUGGCUGUAGGAAGUGUCGAGGAGCUCAAACAGCUGAGUGGCUACGAAGGAGAAAUCACUGACCUUCAUCGUGACAAGGUUGACAAGAUCACUAUCCCGAGUAAGCAGGGCAAGGGUGUCCUGCGACGUGUCAGCGAGGUGUUUGACUGCUGGUUCGAAUCGGGUAGCAUGCCAUACGCAUCCCAGCAUUAUCCCUUUGAGAACAAGGAGCAAUUCGAGAAGAGCUUCCCCGGUGAUUUCAUCGCCGAGGGUCUCGACCAGACGCGUGGUUGGUUCUACACUUUGACCGUACUGGGAACACAUCUCUUCGGCACCCUGCCCUUCAAGAACUGCGUUGUGAACGGGAUUGUUCUUGCCGAGGAUGGAAAGAAGAUGUCGAAGAGAUUGAAGAACUACCCUGAUCCCACGCUGAUCAUGCAGCGCUACGGUUCUGAUGCCCUUCGACUCUAUUUGAUCAACUCUCCCGUCGUGCGUGCCGAGCCGCUCAGAUUCAAGGAAUCUGGCGUGAAGGAGAUCGUUGCCAAGGUUCUCCUUCCUUUGUGGAACAGCUACAAGUUCUUUGAGGGCCAGGCAGCUCUGUUCAAGAAGAACAACAGCGUUGACUUUGUCUUCGACCCCAAGGCUGAAACCACCAACACCAACGUGAUGGACCGCUGGAUCCUGGCCAGCUGCCAAAGUUUACUGAAGUUCGUAAACGAGGAGAUGGCUGGAUACCGUUUGUACACAGUAGUUCCUCGGUUACUCGAGUUGAUUGACAACACAACCAACUGGUACAUUAGAUUCAACCGCAAGCGUCUUAAGGGCGAGAACGGCAUUGAUGAUACUCUGCAUGCGCUGAACACCCUCUUCGAGGUUCUCUAUACCCUAGUCAGAGGUCUUGCUCCCUUCACACCAUUUAUCACCGACACCAUUUACCAGAAGCUGCUUCCCCACAUCCCCGAGGCGCUCCGUGGCGAAGACAGCCGGAGUGUCCACUUCCUUCCCUUCCCCGAGGUGCGCGAGGAACUGUUCGAUGAGGUUGUCGAGAGACGGGUGGCACGGAUGCAGAAGGUCAUCGAGAUGGCCCGUGUCUCCCGUGAGCGCCGUUCCAUCGGCUUGAAGUCGCCUCUGAAGACUUUGGUUGUGAUUCACCAGGAUCAGCAAUACUUGGACGAUGUGAAGUCCUUGGAAGGCUACAUCCUGGAGGAGUUGAACGUCCUUGACCUUGUCUUGUCGUCCGACGAGGCCAAGUACAAUGUUCAGUACAGCGUUAGUGCCGAUUGGCCUACUCUGGGCAAGAAGCUGAAGAAGGACGCCCAGAAGGUCAAGAAGGCAUUGCCAUCCCUCACAAGUGAUGACGUGAAGAAGUUUGUUGCUGAAAAGAAGAUUCUUGUUGACGGCAUCGAGCUCGUCGAGGGUGACCUUGUCGUGAAGCGUGGUCUCAAGGAGGAUGUUGCAUCUGAGGGAAUGGAACCUAAUGCUGAUGCUGAUGUGCUGACUAUCCUUGACGCCAACCUAUACCCCGAAUUGGCCCAACAAGGAUUAGGUCGAGAGAUCAUCAACCGUCUUCAGCGUCUGCGUAAGAAGGCCGGUUUGGUCCCUACCGAUGAUGUGAGAAUGGAAUAUGCCGUUCUCUCUGAUCCCGAGAGUGUCGGUAUCAACGAGGCUUUCGAGACGCAAGCCAAGGCCAUUGAAAAGGCUGUCCGCAGGCCCCUGCAACAGGUUGCCGUGAAUGAUGGCAAGGUCCCCAGCGGUGACAAGGAGGCUCUUAUCAUGGAGGAGGAGCAGGAAGUUCAAAAGGCAACUUUCCUGUUGCGGUUGCUCAAGUUGUAG